CAAUGAUGACGAUGUUGCCAGAUAAUUUAGUAGAGGAGAUACUAAGUCGUGUUCCGGCCACAUGUCUGAAACGUUUACGAUCAACAUGCAAACUAUGGAACGGUAUAUUCAACGAUAGGAGAUUCGCAAAAAAUCACUUUGAUAAAGCCCCAAAGCAAUAUAUGGUUCUCAAGCUAACGGAGGAAUAUAGGCUUUGCUCAUUCCGUGGUGAGCUUGGACUAAUAGAUCCGGUUUGUUCAGCUCAAUUCAGGAUAUCUCAUGUCUUUCACUGCGAUGGCUUGUUGUUAUGCACCAGCGAAUUCUACAAUAGAAUCGUGGUUUGGAACCCGUGUACUGGUCAAACCAAGUGGAUCACCGAUCCCAGCGAUCGUGUCAUGUUUUGGGUAACUUUUACUCUUGGAAGGUGCUACCAAGAAAAUAAUUAUAGCUAUAAAUUAUUGAGACACGUGCCUUGUUACGAGAAGCUAAUAUUUGAAAUCUGUGAGAUCAACUCCGAUUCAUGCUGGAGGAUUCCUCAUGAUGUCACUCCAGACUGCUUAUUACAGUUUGCUCAUUACAGCGUGUAUUUGAAAGGAAAGACCUACUGGUGUGCUUCGGAUUCAAAAGAGUUUGAUGCGUGCAUGCAUUUACUGAGCUUUGAUUAUACAACAGAGAGAUUUGGACGUCUGUGCCUUCCUGGCCCGUAUUGUAGACUCCAUACUGUGUCUCUAUCGGUUGUUAGAGAAGAGAAGCUUUCAGUGUUAUUACGACCCCAUGAUAGACUUGGAAAAGAGAUAGAGAUAUGGAUAAGCAGUCCUAUUGAUGAUCCCAAAGCUGUGUCGUGGAGCAAGAUCUUCGCUUUGGAUGAUCCUCGUCUUGGCUAUUGCACCCAGACAAGUUUCUUGGUGGAUGAUGAGAAGAAAAUCGCUACAUGUCUUGAAAGGUGGAUACGUAGCCGUGACAAUGCCAAGGCCAAGCUCUACUACGUCUUGCAAUACAUUGUUGGGGAGGAUAAUGAAGUCACGCUACUGGAUUUUGGAGCAUCUUCUAAUUUGCAUUUACAUUCGCAACUUUUGUUUAAUUAUGUACCAAGUCUGGUUCAUAUCCAGUGACAGCUAGAGGGCAAAAAGAAACAUUAUUAUUUCCAGCUACUUACAAAUAUUCCACUGCCUAAGACUUUUAUUUGUUCAAAUUUUACGAUUUUUUUAUAAAUAAAAAUGUUUUACGCAUUCGUAGAUUACUUCAAAAUACUCGAUUCUACUACAGGCAGACUGCUUCGAAACGUUUUACUACAAAAUAUUAUAUAGUUAGCCUUCUCAGUGGUUAAUCAUUUAAAUCAUUGUACAUCCUAGUUUGAAAUUUGGUUAACUUCAGUUUAGUAGACCUCAUCGUAGCUGUUUACUGCAUAUUCCUUAUCCUAUCUUUUACUUGUCUUUGGCUUUGUCUGAAUUGUCUUAUUUUGUAAUGUAGGGACUUGCCUUGCAACAAACUCAGUGGCCUUGUUUGUUUGUUUUUAUGUUUUCUUUGUGGUGGUCCGGGAGACUUGAAUAUUUUGGAUGUUUUUUUUUUGAAACACAACUUUCAUUAAACAUAACUUCAAAAACUACAAAGACAAGAGGGAAUUAAGCAUCCUCUUGGAAACAAACAAUAAACUACAAGGAUAAAUGAAAUCAAACAGGAUAAAUCUUCAUAUGAAAAUGACAGCGGACUCAAGACAACGCUUGAAUGCGUCUGGAGAGCAUUCACGACAAAGUCGGACAGCUGAGAAAUAGUCACAAGUGACGUUGAGGAACAACCCCCACCAACGAGAAGAACCGAAGUAAUCUCAAUUGCACAUUCUGGCCCCGUACAGACCGUUACACAAGGUGACAAACCGGUGAGUAAGUUGAAACAAAAGCUCGGGAUAGAACCCAAGAGGACAUCUCCAUUCAUUGAAGGAAGGUAUGGUGGUGAAAUACUCUCCUCAUUAGAGAAGGAUGAUGACAAAUUCUUCCUAAAGAAGUGAUAUUGCAAUAAUCUCAGAUUAUAAACCCCUAUGAACCCAUGGGAAAUCUUCAAAUUAUCCAAAGAAUUCAGACCAGCAGCUAAAUAUCUCACGUCUUGAACUGAUAGUCUGGCCUUUAGAAUCUUGAUAAUUUGAAUAUAAGCUUCAGCAAAAGAGUUGGGCCAGGCACACUUAGGUAUAGAUCUCAGUUCAGAAGCAAAGGCAUACGCCAGGAAGUUACGAGACGUCAUGGAUCUAGGUUGAAGGUCGGAGGUGGUACCUAUGACGUCGACUGAGAGAUAUAUGGCACUCGCCGGCGGAGAGACAGGUUCACUGAGGUAAGCUGGGUUACCAUCGAAGCCGGAUGGCGAAAGAUACGGUUGGUGAAGGUGAGCUGAGCCGCGGUUGAGAAGAGGGCACGCAGGAGAAGAUGACAACACACUUAGAGGCGAGGAAAGUGAAGAGCUUCGGAUUAGAUCCGGAUUUAGGCUUGAGUUGUCGUGGAUUCUGGCGUCGUAUAAGUGAAAAGGAGCAACACCCAGUUGAUUUGUUGUCUCACUUCCCAGUGGCGGAAAGCGAGAGUUUGUACGUUGAGAUCUGAACUCCGUGAGCAAUAGAAGAGCAAGGACAAAGUCGACGGUGUGGCUUGUCCGUCGACAGCCAGAGAGAGGUUCACGGGAACCAGAGUACAACGGUGGUGAGAGAACCCUCUCGACUCAUCGUUGGGGAGGAGACCCACCAAAGAGGAGGCGCCGUCAGGAGAACUGCAGUGAAGACGACGAACCAAAGCUCUUAUCUCCAUCGAAGGCUCCGCCGGGGACCCCUUUCUCCUGUUAACAAAACGCUACGACUCCGGAGCACACGAGAGAUGAAACGAGAAACGAGCAGAGAGAUGAAGACAGAGGACGACAUUGUCGGGAGUGGCCAGCGCCGGCGAGAAAACGCGUCGUCGGCGCCGGAGCGCAUUGAAUCACAGAGUACCUCGAGCCCCGUGUCUGGGAGCGUUAGAGCGUUAGGGUUUUUCACUAGUCAGUCUAUAUUUUGGGUGUUUAUUAUGUCAAAUAUAUCCUUUUUAUUAUAUGAAUUGUAAUUUGUGGGUGGAUAUGUAUUUUACUAAAUGCGCUGAUGAAUUUAUCUACUUAUCAUUAAUAUCAAUAGAUUGUAUUUUUAAAUAAUUUUUUUAAAAACUGAUAUUUUUGGAAAGUUUUCAUUUCUUAGAGAAAUACUGUAGAUUAGAGUUUGUAAUUUACAAAUUAGAGAGUUUUUGGUUAUAGAUAGAUAUGGUUUUAGAACUUUUGAUAUAGAAAUUCGAUUAACAAUAAUAUUUGUGGAUAGAUGAGUAUUUUUUAAGAGUUUUUCAUCAAUAUGUUGUAUUUUUAAAUAAUUUUCUUAAAAACUGUUAUUUUGGAAAGUUUUAAUUUUCUAGAGAAAUACUCUAGAUUUGAGUUUAUGAUUUAGAAAUUAGGAUAACAACAAUAUUUGUGGAUUGAUGAAUAUUCUUUCUGAAUGUUUCAUCAAUAUGUUGUAUUUUUAAAUAAUUUU